AUGCAGAUCCGCGAGGCACGCUCUCAGGACAAGGGGAGCAAGGCCGAACGCGACGGCCACACCUCCGCAUUGGAUUGCUCGGCACGCCAGAGGGUCUCUGCCAUGAGGGGGGCGGGCAUCUACGUCAAGAGGGUGAUGCCAGUGGUUCCCGCAGCGAUCGUGGUCAACAUCGACAACGCAGAGCACUUCGUGACGACAGACAGCUCACACCAGUGGAUCGCCGCGCCGGCACGUCAGGAGGACCCGCCUCACAACGUCGACUACAACAGCCAGGACACCAUCAAGCAGUUGAUGCUGAGGUAUUCCGAGCAUGGGAGGACUACCCCACUUUUCCUGACGAAGAGAGACGAACUGGUGAGCACGCGCUUCACCACUGUGACCCCUGGCAGAAGCUCGAGCGGUCGGCUCCACCCUCUCGUGAACCUGACAAACGGAGGCUACAUGUUCCAGGGUCUGCCGAUCUGGAGGAGCGCCUCGCUGCCGUCUUCUCAGACCACGUGCAGAAAGCCACGCGACGCCUUCAGCAAGAAACCGUGCAUCAGCAACGGGGCCGCAUCUUUUGACACCAUUUUCCGUGAGCUCGGCUGUCGCACGCAGAUUGUCGAGCAGGAGCAGCAGCAUAUGCGCAUGCAGUCUUCUCUCGCCAUGGCAGAGGCCACGCUCCCGCCGCUCGGCAUGGCUGCACUCGCAAUAUGGGAUCGCCCACCCGACCCUCGCCGUUUCAGCAUCGGAGCGCCCUCGGCCAUCGAGCCUGCGGAGGUUCGGCGCUCAUUGGACCCUGGAUCACUGCAGCAGGCCGAGGCUGCACGCAAGGGCGGCGCCGCUUUUUUGGCCCCGCGGGAUCGCGGCUCCUACUCAUGGAAAACGGAGUGGAUCGCUUGCUUCAUCACGAUGAUUAUCGGCGACAGUUUCGCCCCCUUCUUGCUGCCGAAGUGGGCGCAGCUCCACAUCGUGCGGUUCAGGAGGCGUAACAAGCACUGCGCGCUGGAGGGCAUUGCACAAGGCAACCAGGCCAUGACGGCCCGCCCGCCUGCUGCAGGUGUCUCUGAGGUGCACUGGCACCCCGCCGCGGCAGCGGCCCGCGAAGGGCUCAGUCAGCUGCAGCUGUUGGAAGGCACCGCGCCCAAUCCCGUCGAGAACGACGCCACCUCCGCGACUGGAGGGGGCGAGGCACCCGCAGAAGACGCGGCGUGGCCCUGGAGCGUGAAGCCCAUCGAGGAGAACGCGGCAACGGCCGCGACCGACGAGAGGACCGACGCGCAGCGGCCGCGACCCAUUCACGUCGACAGCGCGGGGGUGAACGACGGACAGAAGUGCUGGUCGUGCUCCUGCACCGCGCAGGAGGGCUGA